CGACAAGAGGAUAAGGCAGGGUCGCAAGGGACGGAGCUUGGGGACAGGGAGGAGCAACUAGAGGACCCGGCACGGGCGCAGGGGGCGGGGCGCAGCGCGUGCACGCGGGCGCCAGGGUCGCCAUGGCGGAGGUGCAGCAACUCCGAGUGCAGGAGGCCGUGGACGCCAUGGUGAAAAGUGUGGAGAAAGAGAACAUUCGGAAGAUGCAGGGUCUCAUGUUCCGGUGCAGCGCCAACUGCUGUGAGGACAACCAGGCAUCUAUGCAGCAGGUGCACCAAUGCAUCGAACGCUGCCAUGCACCUUUGGCUCAAGCCCAGGCCUUGGUAACCAGUGAGCUGGAAAGGUUCCAGGACCGUCUGGCCCGAUGCACCAUGCAUUGCAAUGACAAAGCCAAAGACUCCAUAGAUGCAGGAAAUAAAGAGCAGCAGGUGAAGCGACAGCUGGACAGCUGUGUGACCAAGUGUGUGGAUGACCACAUGCACCUCAUCCCAACAAUGACCAAAAAGAUGAAGGAGUCUCUGUCAUCCAUCGGGAAAUAAAAUUGUUUGCCGGUGACCAUGGGUCUGAGGGCACGCUAUUUAGAAGGAAGAAUGGAAGUUUAAUCUGUUAAGCAAGUUUAUGAAUGAGGAAAACUCAGGACACAGCAAGUUCCAGGCAAAUGCUGCUCACCUCUGGACACCAGUUCCUUUGCAUCUGAAUCUUAGAAGGUGAAGUGGAAAGAAGCUGGUGCUGAAAUUCGGAUGACAUAUAGCGCAGGGGAGAAUUCUAGAUCCUAAAUUUUCGUGUGCAGGUGCUUGUUCUGGCAAGCAGAGAUUGCCCUUUUACCAAAGGCUCAGAUUCUCACUACACAGACAUCUGAGCUUCCUUCAACCUGCUGGUAAAGUUUGAGGAAAGGUGUGUCUGAUACCAAGCUCCUGUUUCCCACAAGUGUCCCCACACUUUGCAUGUGCUUCAAAACAACACCCACUUUAGAGGGAGGAAAGGGGUUCCUUUGUCUUAUAUGCAAGGGCACAAAGUGGGUUUAAGAUACAGGAGGGAGAGUAGCUUGAAUAACUUCUGAAGGCUCCUUGUUCUUUUUGGCCAUCAAGAUGGGAAAAUCCACUUAUUCAAAUUCUGUCAAUUCUGGAAGCCCCUGAAGGAGGGCAAUAUCACAGUGCAUAGGAAACAGCUUCCUUCUCUGACUUCUGUGCAAAGUGACACAUUUUCAUAAAGAACAAGGGAUGUGAUUGUCACUCACAUAUCAGUAGCUGAGAGUAAAGAGUCAAAUGGGAACUGUUAAGAUGUACUAGGUUUGGGAAAACCUAAAUUUUACAAAGUAAAAGUCCAAACCCAGUAUUACUCCCUCUGCUCCCUGAAUUCACAGAGCCUUUUGGAGGUAAUCCUCUAGCAACAAGACCUAGAACCAACCAAUUUGGGCCAAGGAAAAUAGGACCACUAUAGAGCAAGAGGGGCACACACCUUACCAAAUGCCAUUUUUGCCUGGGGUUUUGCAGUGCAGUGUUGCUGCCCCAACAUGGCACCUUAUCUUUUGGAUAAGUACUAUGUUGUAUUUAUACCAAUUAAUUACUUGAAACAGUGAUAAUACUUGUUGGUUUGCUGUCAAACCUGCAAUAUAUUUUCCAUGUGGUUUUGUUUUUAAAUAAAGUUUCAUUGUCUCCAACUCUUUCCUAGUGGGUAGUGAUACAUCAGUAUGCCUCUGAAUUUUAAGACAUCCUGAGAGUGCAUAGUAGCAGAUGAGAAGCAUUAAGGCAAAGUCAGAGUAUCAUAGCUUGAAGUCUAUUAAUAUAGAAAAGAUACCCAGAGCCAAGUGAUGGUGGCACACACCUUUAGUCUCAGCACUCAUAGACACUGUCUCAAAAGCCCCUCCAGAAAAAAAAAAAAAAAAAAGGAUCUGGAUGCAUUGGUUGAGGGGAGUAUAAUUGCCCUGGUGUGAGGACAGCCUGGACUACAUAUAGAGACGUCAAAAAAAAAAAAAGCUGAGUUGUUUCAACUUUUGUUUUCUAGUUCAAACCAAGUGGUGGGAAGAGUACAUAGUUUAAGACUCCUUGUGCUGGUUAAUUUUCGUCAACGACACAAACUGUAGUCAUAAGGUUAGGAACCUCGGCUGAAGAGCUGCCUCCAACCGACGAAUCUGUGGACAGCAUGUCUGGGGAUGUUCACUUGAGGACAGCGCCAUCCCGAGAAGAUGCACACCUUUUUCUAUGCCCAGGACACGAGGCAGAGGCAGGCGCAAGACCUCAGGACUUGCAUGUGGUUCACAUGCAUUUUAUGUGCAGGGACCGAGAUGUGCCAAGUGGGGCUCGGGAGGCAGUGUUGGAACUGCGGGCUGCGGGUUAAGAACACCAUGCUCUGGAUUUACAUCCUAGUCAGCCUCGGCCCCUUCCGCUACUGGUGCAGAGAAGCCAUUCGUUAAUGUGGGUGCUUCAGGAGCCGUCACCUUCGCCUGGGUACAUUUAGCAAACUGGGGGCUGCGUGGUGCAGCAGCCUGUAACCACGGGAGCCAGAGACAAGACGGGUUCUAGACCAGCGUCGACUACACGGCGAGCCAGACGCCCGCAUCAAUUCCACCAAAAACGGGGAGGGCGAGGAAAAGGGAGGAGAAACGACGAAAUUUAAAA